AAAGUAGAACAACGAGUACAGGCAGUUGAUCCGUUAAGUGGUACAGAACAAAUUAGGGCCAGUCAUUUGUUAAGUGUUUUUGGGAUAGUUGGAGUUGGCAGGUAUAUUAAUAAGAAUAAAAGAGGUGGUCAGAGACAUCAAGUUGUUAAAAACUUAGAACCAUGA